GAAUGAGUUUCGUGUGUGUUAGGGGAAACCAGUUUAGUUUAAGCUGAGAUUUUGUGCACCAGAGAAGCAAAAGUAACUUGGUUUAGUCAAAUUGCAGAAGGCCUUCGAUGCCAGGAUCAAGGAUUUAGGCACACAUCGCUUCCCCCUGACUUGUGUAUUCCAUUCUACAGUGUUGCUAAGUGAUGAAUUCCAGAGUUCUCGCCUAUUAACUUCUGUUAGUGCCAGUGGUGUUACUGAAGCACCACUGGCUUUUUUACACAAUGGCUAGGACCCCUGUUCAUAUGCAAUUUUGUACUCAGAUUUAUCAGUAUUUUCUGGGGCUGUAUCGGCACCUCCAGAAAUUCUGGAGUGUCACUGUUAAGGGCCUUUUCAUUAAGAAGGAGGAAGAACAUAUCCCUCCAGCUGAGUGUAUUUUUCAUAAAGAAAAAAUUGUAGCACUUGGCCAUAUGUUGAAGGAUAAAUCUCUGACCAUUGAGAAGAGAGCUCAAGCUGCCUAUAGAAUUGGACUGUUGGCCUUCACAGGAGGACCAACUGCUGGGAAAUUUGCAGCUGAGUACAUGAAAGAAGUAGCCCACUUGUUGCAAAAUCAUGAGAUGGCACCAAAAAUAAAGAUCCUGCUGCUCCAGAGUGUAGCAUGUUGGUGUUACUUAAACCCUGUCAGCCAGAGAAGAGCCAAAUAUUUGCAGUUUAUCCCUAUUCUCAUCGGUUUUUUGGAAAACAGACUUGAGUACACCAUCGAAAGUGAAAUAAAUAGCAACCUCCUUGUGAAAUUUUGGACUUGCUAUGUUCUCUCUGUCAUGACAUGCAAUAACUUGUCUUGCGUGAAGGAGCUUAAAGACCACAGUACUCUAAAACAUCAUUUGCAAAUGUUGGCUACUGAAAAUUGGUCUGGAUGGCCUGAGAAUUUUGCAGAGGUGCUAUAUUUCCUAACUGGUUUUCACAAGAAUUAAUUUCUCUAAAUCCAGUCAUGUGAUACAGCUGUCAGCAUUACUGUAUUACUCUGGAAAACUGAAAUAAAUAGUAAAAGUCAAU